CCUCCCACUCUGCGUUCUCGCGCUCACUGUGCCCUGCCCGGGCUCGCACCUUGCCCGUGCCCUUCACUCGCUCUUCCGCGUGAUUUCCCCGCCGCCUUUCUCUACCAACUGGGAAUGCUAAAACGGGACUGAUGGACGUGUCCGAACUCUGCAUCCCGGACCCCCUCGGCUACCACAACCAGCUGCUGAAUAGGAUGUCCUCAGACGACAGGCACCUGGGCUCCAGCUGCGGCUCCUUCAUCAAGACUGAGCCGUCCAGCCCGUCCUCGGGCAUCGAUGCCCUCAGCCACCACAGCCCCAGUGGCUCGUCCGACGCCAGCGGUGGCUUUGGCCUGGCCCUGGGCACCCACGCCAACGGUCUGGACUCGCCACCCAUGUUUGCAGGCGCCGGGCUGGGAGGCACCCCAUGCCGCAAGAGCUACGAGGACUGUGCCAGCGGCAUCAUGGAGGACUCGGCCAUCAAGUGCGAGUACAUGCUCAACGCCAUCCCCAAGCGCCUGUGCCUCGUGUGCGGGGAUAUUGCCUCUGGCUACCACUACGGCGUGGCCUCCUGUGAGGCUUGCAAGGCCUUCUUCAAGAGGACCAUCCAAGGGAACAUCGAGUACAGCUGCCCGGCCACCAAUGAGUGCGAGAUCACCAAACGGAGGCGCAAGUCCUGCCAGGCCUGCCGCUUCAUGAAAUGCCUCAAAGUGGGGAUGCUGAAGGAAGGUGUGCGCCUUGAUCGAGUGCGUGGAGGUCGUCAGAAAUACAAGCGACGGCUGGACUCCGAGAGCAGCCCGUACCUGAGCUUACAAAUUUCUCCACCUGCUAAAAAGCCAUUGACCAAGAUUGUCUCAUACCUACUGGUGGCCGAGCCGGACAAGCUCUACGCCAUGCCUCCCCCCGGUAUGCCUGAGGGGGACAUCAAGGCCCUGACCACUCUCUGUGACCUGGCAGACCGAGAGCUUGUGGUCAUCAUUGGCUGGGCCAAGCACAUCCCAGGCUUCUCGAACCUCUCCCUGGGGGACCAGAUGAGCCUGCUGCAGAGUGCCUGGAUGGAGAUCCUCAUCCUGGGCAUCGUGUACCGCUCGCUGCCCUAUGACGACAAGCUGGUGUACGCUGAGGACUACAUCAUGGAUGAAGAGCACUCCCGCCUCGCGGGGCUGCUGGAGCUCUACCAGGCCAUCCUGCAGCUGGUGCGCAGGUACAAGAAGCUCAAGGUGGAAAAGGAGGAGUUUGUGACGCUCAAGGCCCUGGCCCUCACCAACUCCGAUUCCAGGUACAUCGAGGAUCUGGAGGCCGUCCAGAAGCUGCAGGACCUACUGCACGAGGCGCUGCAGGACUACGAGCUGAGCCAGCGCCACGAGGAGCCCCGGAGGACGGGCAAGCUGCUGCUGACGCUGCCCCUGCUGCGGCAGACGGCCACCAAGGCCGUGCAGCACUUCUAUAGCGUCAAACUGCAGGGCAAAGUGCCCAUGCACAAACUCUUCCUGGAGAUGCUGGAGGCCAAGGUCUGA